GAUAAUUUUCUCAUAAAUUUUUUUUUGUGCCUGCAUAAAAUACGCGUUUUUAGUUAAAUUUUCACAGAAAAUUAAAUAAAAUAAAAUGACUUUAUAUAAAUUUAGUGAACGUGCUUAUGCUAAAAUUAUAUUCCAUGCUGCCAAAUAUCCACAUUUGGCGGUAAAUGGUAUUUUACUAGCCAGCAAAUCAGAUACAGAAAUUAUCGAUGCCAUACCGCUGUUUCAUCAAUGUUUGUAUGUCACUCCCAUGGUGGAAAUAGCCCUUAUGCAGAUUGAUGCUUAUGCUGAACGUGAAAACCUAGUAGUGGCCGGUUAUUAUUGUGCGGCCGAGAAUUUCUUGGAUAACUCGCUGGAUAAGGCUCCUGCCGCUAAAAUUGCUGAUAAGAUUCAAGAGAAUUACAAAAAUGCCUGUUUUGUGAUUAUAGAUAAUAAAUUAAUGACUUUGGGCCAGGAAGUGCCAGCCAUUAAAGUUUUUGGUUGUUCCAGCGAUUCCGGUCGUUGGACUAAGGCGGACUUUAAACUUUUACAAUCCGAGACAACAUUACAAGCUGUAUCAGCUUUAUUGAAAAGAGGCGCUAUGAAGGAUGUAGUCGAUUUUGAUAAUCAUUUAGAUAAUCCAGAAAAUGAUUGGACUAAUCAAUUUUUAAAUCGUGACUUGCAACAAAUCAUGGCCAUGUAUUGAUGAGAGUAGAUAAUUGAUAGAGUUUCUUUUCUUUCGAUCGUUUUUUUUUUUUGUUUUAAAACGUACAUUUUUUAUUAGAUUUAAGGGUGCAAUUUAUAGUGUAAUAACAAUAAUAAAACAAAUCCACAUUUACAGCGUAUUUAUGA